AUGGGGAAUCGAGGCCAGAAAAGGGCCGAAACAGGUGAUGAAUUGCCAGCAGAUAAGCGAGCGUGUAGUUCUUUGGAUAGACCGAGUUCAUCAAAUUCAUCAGUUCAGACGCCGAUGAACUCCAGGAAUUCAGUUGGCGACAAUGACGCGGACACAUCAUCAUCAAGUUCAGGGUCAGCAUCCGAGAACGAGGGUGAAAAGGAUUCUGCAUAUGGUUCUUGUGAUUCGAGUAUUAAUUUCCGUGACUACCAGAGAAGACGAUCAUUUGUUGAUCAUAGCAAAUUAAGGAGGGUUUUGUCGAGUCUGAGUGAGGAGGGUGACGAAUCCGGGCAGUUGGCUGCUCUCACAGAGCUAUGUGAAUUGUUGUCUUUUUGUACAGAUAGCUCAUUAUCGGGUUUGAACGCUGACUCUUUAUCUCCGACACUUGUUAAGUUGGCAAGGCAUGAUAGUAACCCUGAUAUAAUGCUUUUAGCUAUCAGAGCUAUAACUUAUCUAUGCGAUGUUCAUCCUCGAUCCUCGGGGUAUCUUGUCAGACACGAUGCAGUUCCUGCUCUUUGUCAGAGACUGAUGAGCAUUGAGUACUUGGACGUGGCUGAACAAUGUUUGCAAGCAUUAGAGAAAAUCUCGCGUGAGCAACCGCCUGCCUGCUUACAAUCUGGUGCAAUUAUGGCUGUUCUAAGCUAUAUUGAUUUCUUCUCAACGAGUGUGCAGAGGGUUGCACUUUCCACGGUGGUAAACAUAUGUAAGAAAUUACCUUCUGAAGGCCCAUCUCCAUUCAUGGAGGCAGUUCCGAUAUUGUGUAAUCUUCUUCAGUAUGAGGACAGGCAGCUUGUUGAAGAUGUAGCUACUUGCUUAAUAAUGAUAGCAGAGCGAGUGGACCACUCAUCUGAUAUGCUGGAUGAACUUUGUAAACAUGGGUUAAUUCAUCAAGCUACCCAUCUCAUAGGCUUGAAUAGUCGCACCACUAUAUGCCAGUCAAUUUACACUGGUUUAAUAGGAUUACUUGUCAAACUUGCCUCUGGUUCAAAUGUAGCUGCCAGGACUCUUUUUGAGCUCAAUAUAAGCAGCACAUUGAAGGAUAUUUUGUCUACUUAUGGUCUCUCAAAUGGAAUGCCUUCUCCUCGUAUGGUUGAAGGACAUUGCAAUCAGGUACAUGAAGUUUUGAAGUUGUUGAAUGAGCUUCUCCCUGCUAUAGCCAGAGAUCAAAAUACUCAGUUAGCCUCAAAUAAGGAGGCUUUUCUGGUUAAUCGACCUGAUCUACUGGACAAGUUUGGAGCGGACUUACUUCCUGUGUUGAUCCAGGUGGUUAAUUCUGGUGUGAAUUUAUAUGUUUGUUAUGGCUGUCUAUCUGUUAUCAACAAGUUAGUUUAUUUCAGCAAAUCUGACUUGCUUUCGAGCAUCAAUAUUUCAAGUUUCUUGGCUGGAGUAUUUACUCGGAAGGAACACCAUGUACUAGUAGUAGGCCUUCAGAUUGUUGAUACACUCCUGCAAAAGUUUUCUGAUGCUUUAUUGAACCCUUUUGUAAAAGAAGGUGUCUUUUUCGCCAUUGAUGCACUUCUACUGCAAGAGAAGUGUUCGCCGUUUAUGUUUCCACUGGUUAAUGGCACCAACCUGUCAAAUGUUUCGAGUCAGAAAUCUUCUGGAAGAGAUAUCCUGAGAUGCUUAUGUUAUUCUUUCGAUACUAGUCAGUCUUCAUGGGCUUCUGAAUCCGGGACUUGCAAGCUUGAAAGAGAUUCUGUUCCUAAUCUUGCAAAGCAAAUAAAGAACAGUUAUGUUGCCACUGAUUUAAUAAACCCUGAGAGAGGAUUAACUGAUAUUCUUUUGAAGCUCAAAACUUUAUCUGCUACAUUGACAGAUCUGGUGAGCAUCUCCAUGAAAAAUGAUGCUUCUGUGCAGCAUGAAGAAGAGUUUUAUUGUACGUUACAUCAGAUUAUGUCGCUGCUUAAUGGAAGGGAUCACAUUUCCACUUUUGAAUUUGUGGAAAGUGGAGUUGUGAAAUCAUUAGUUAAUUUCCUAUACAAUGGUCGAUAUCUAAGAGGAGAACGAGUCAUUAACGACAUUGUACAAAGAAGAUUUGAGGUUUUUGGAAGACUACUUUUUUCUUCUUCAGACCCACCUGUAGAGGUCUUCCCUCUAUCAGCGCUAGUUCAGAGACUACAAAGUGCACUCUCAUCUGUGGAAAACUUUCCUGUUAUUUUGAGCCAUUCAUUUAAGCAAAAGAACUCAUAUGCCACUGUUCCCCAUGGACGUUGCAUGGGGCAUCCAUGUCUGAAAGUGCAGUUUGUGAGAGGAGAGGGAGAGACAUGCCUGAGUGAUUACUCUGAAGAUGUUGUGACCAUUGACCCCUUUUCUUCUUUGGAUUCAAUUGAAAAAUACUUGUUGCCCAAAGUAAGUUCAAACAAAACUGGAUGCAGAAAAUCAUCCACUCAACCUUUGAGUGGAAAGGAGGGUCCACAUUCUCGUUUAUCAUCAGAUGCCAGCUCUGCUCAAGGCAAAAAUACAGAUCUUGUGGACUCCAAUAGCAUGUCCUCUGAUGUGCAUGAGAUGCAGGCAGACAUGCCUAACUUGGCAGAAUCUCCAUCUGCAGAAGCAGCCAGUUUAGGACAUACGGCAGUUGAAUCAACAGGUUUAAGUGAAGUUAAAACUGACCCUGUGGACCAAGAACGGCAUACUUCUUAUUCAGAGGACAGCGGUAAGAGACCAGAGUAUCCACUAUCCUGUAGCAACAAAGAUGCCUUACCAAACUUGCUGUUUUAUCUAGAAGAGCAACAGCUGGAUGGGGAAUUAACACUGUAUCAAGCUCUUCUCCAACAGCAAAUUAAAGCAGAAAAUGAACUGUUUACUAGUGCAAAAUUAUGGAGUCAAGUAUACAAAAUAUCAUACAGAAGAGCUGUGAAACCUAAACAAAGUUGUUUCAAAUGUUGUUGUCAUCAGGCUCUUUGUUCUUGUAUAUUGGAGAAAGCUGGGGCAUUUUUGCACCACACUCCAUUUUUCUCUGCCAUGUUUGCUUCUGAACUUGUUUUGGAUGUGGAAACGCCAAGCCCAACUUAUGACAUAAUACUUCUGCUUAAAAGUUUGGAAGGCAUGAACCGGUUCCGAUUUCAUUUGAUGGCUCGGGACAGAACAUCUGCAUUUGCUGAAGGAAGAAUUGGCAACUUGGACAACAUAAUGAUAGCAGUUUCUGAUGUCCUGCAGAACGAGUUUGUGAGCUGCAAACUGACAGAAAAACUUGAACAGCAAAUGCAGGAUCAUUUGGCUGUGUCCAUUGGUGGCAUGCCUUCAUGGUGUACCCAGUUAAUGGCUUCCUGUCCAUUUUUAUUUGGUUUUGAGGCAAGAACUAAGUACUUUCGAUUGGCAGCAUUAGGUCAAAGGCAAGUUCACCCUCAUCCAUCAUCUCAUAAUAAUUUGGGUGGCCCAAGUAGCAGACAGCAAAACAAUGGGGGAUUUCCUCGUAAAAAAUUUUUAGUUUACCGAAAUCGAAUUUUGGACUCUGCAACCCAGAUGAUGGAUACAUAUGCCCGCCAAAAAGUUUUUCUUGAGGUGGAAUAUGAUGAUGAAGUUGGAACUGGUGUUGGCCCCACAUUGGAAUUCUAUACACUUGUCAGUCACGAAUUUCAGCGGUCUGGCCUUGGUAUGUGGAGAGAAGACAAUAUGUCAUUUAGCUACAUGAAAAGCUUACAGGCAGAGGAUUCUGGAAGUGUGGUGUCUCCUUUUGGGCUUUUCCCUUGCCCAUGGUCACCUGCUGUGAAAACAUCAGGUGGUAUAGAGUUUUCAGAAGUGAUCAAAAAGUUUGUCCUUCUGGGACAGGUUGUAGCAAAGGCUCUUCAAGAUGGAAGGGUUUUGGAUCUUCCCUUCUCCAAAGGUUUUUAUAAACUCAUUCUAGGGCAGGAGCUCACAGUGCAUGACAUCCCAUUGUUUGAUCCUGGGCUUGGUAGGGCCCUUCUGGAGUUUCAGGCUCUUGUUGAAAGAAAUAGAUAUUUGGAUUCCAUCCGUGGAGAAGAAUCAACAUUUAAACUUGACUCAUGCUUCCGUAAUACCAGAAUUGAGGAUCUUUGCCUUGAUUUUACUCUUCCGGGGUAUCCUGAUUAUGUUCUCUCUUCCGAACCUGAUUUAAGGAUGGUAAAUAUUAUCAACUUGGAGGAAUAUAUUUCACUCGUUGUGGAUGCAACUAUAAAUUCUGGAAUUUCCAGACAAGUGGAAGCUUUUAAAUCAGGAUUUAAUCAGGUUAUGCCAAUCAGGCAUCUCCAGAUUUUCACUGAGGAGAAUUGGAGCGUUUAUUAUGUGGAGAAAGGGAAUUUUGGAAUUCAAACGAACUUUUGGAUCACGUCAAGUUUGAUCAUGGAUACACUGCUAGCAGUCCUCCCAUUAUAA